CCGUCGUAGCGCCGGCCUCCUAUUCGCGCUUCUGGGAUUCCCACCCUUCCUUUCCCUUCAUUUUUUUUCCCCCUGCAGCAAUUGGCGCUGCGGGGCUGCUGGGUCCGCACGCCUAAGCCGCGGCGACCCCCCUCAAGUUCGUGGAUGUGGAGUCAUUUCGUUCUUCUGGGGUGUAAAGCAGUUGAAAUCCUUGCUCCCCGCAACAGAGUAGGGCUUGCCAGCUUUUGUCGGAAUUUCAGAACCAUGAAGAUAGAGUCUCCCGACUUUAAGUCCCUGUUCACGCCAGGACUGAAAAGCAUUGCAGAAAUAUUUGAUAAAGAAAAUUAUGAACUAAGAAUAGCAGGAGGUGCUGUAAGGGAUUUACUCAGUGGAAUAAAACCACAAGAUGUCGAUUUUGCCACUACUGCAACUCCUAGUCAGAUGAAAGAAAUGUUCCAGGCCAUGGGAAUCCGUAUGAUCAACAACAGAGGAGAAAAACAUGGAACCAUCACUGCUAGGCUCCAUGAGGAGAACUUUGAAAUUACCACACUGAGAAUUGAUUUGAAUACUGAUGGGAGACAUGCAGAAGUAGAAUUCACAACUGACUGGGAAAAAGAUGCAGCAAGAAGAGAUCUCACCAUCAAUUCUAUGUUCCUAGGUUUGGAUGGCACUCUUUAUGAUUAUUUCAAUGGUUAUAAUGAUUUAAAGAACAAGAAGAUCAGAUUUGUAGGAGAAGCCAACCAGAGAAUAAAAGAAGAUUUUUUACGAAUUCUACGCUAUUUCCGAUUUUAUGGGAGGAUAGCUGAAAAGCCUGAUGACCAUGAUGCCCCAACUUUGGAAGCCAUCAAAGAAAAUGCCAAAGGUUUGGCUGGAAUAUCUGGCGAAAGGAUUUGGACGGAAUUGAAAAAAAUUCUUGUUGGAAAACAUGCAAAUCAACUCAUUCAUCUGAUGUAUGAACUUACAGUAACUGAUUAUAUAGGAUUACCUGUUAAUGGGAAUUUACAGGAAUUUGACACAGUCUGUAAAAAUGUUCAGAAGCUCUUUCCCAAACCAAUGACCAUUCUAACGUCAUUGUUAAAGGUUCCGUGUGAUCUUUCAAAACUGGAUUUAAGACUGAAACUAUCAAAAGAUGAAAAAAACCUUGGACUAUUUCUGUUGAAGCACAGGAGAGACUUGACCAAAGCUUCUGAUACUUCAAUGCCUCUUAAACCAUACCAGGAUUUCGUUUUAGAUGCAAGGGAGUCUUCUGCAACAUCCAGAAUCCAUGAACUUCUGAAGUACCAAGGAGAAGAACAACUUCUGAAAGAAAUGCAAGAGUGGUCUGUACCCUCUUUUCCUGUAACUGGUCAUGACUUAAGACAAAUGGGAAUCUCAUCAGGAAAAGACAUUGGGCCCCUCCUGCAACAAUUACGUGAACAGUGGAAAAAAAGUGAUUACCAAAUGAAUAAAGAAGAACUGUUAAGCUACGUAAAGAAGGCAUGAAAGCAAAUAGUGAUGAAACUGAACAAUUUUGUAUGAAGUUCCACAUAUUUUAUUGGGUACAUUUUCAUUUCUCAAUGUUAGGAUUAUUUGUAUUUCAGUUCUGAAACAUAAAUAGGGUUGUUCUUGUAUCCAUCUGGUAAUACACGAAUAACUUUCAUGUUUUUACUCAACUAUUAAAUACCCCCAAACUUGUAUGUAGAUUGACUAACUACUUUGGUUGUUCAGAAAUAUUAUUUGGAUUGGGUAACUUUAAAAAGCAAGGGAAAUUUAUUUAAGAAAAUCCAUGUUUAUCCAAAAAUGAUUCCUAUCUAUUCAGUGGGGUUUACCCUUAGCAACCAUGUAUUAUCUUGAACCUUGGAGUCAGAGUUUAGCCAGACCGGAUACUCUCAAGCAUUAUCAUUUCACUGAAACUCAAAUUACAUUAUGGACAACAACCUCAAAUACUGAAAAAAAGAUUACUUGUUAUUCAAAACAAGCUUUUUCUGAUAUUUAAAUUGAGUUGGGCACUUUUUGUUCAUUUUAUUUUCCAUGGGUCUGAAAAGAUACUGAGAACUAAUAAAAAUGAUUUUUUAAAAUACAACUUAUACAAUGGCCCAGCUCGCCUUGUUUUUUUAACUUACAACACGUUACAAAAGCCUAUAAUGGUUUUAUAAACUGAUCCUAUAUGUCUUACCUAAUGUUGCAAAAUGAGUUACAUAAACUUAGUGGGAUUAGUUCUUGGCAGCAUAUUUAGGAAUACAGUGAAAAUUUUCUUACUGGGUUGAUGAAUUUGGAUAAUGACAGAAGUUUCUAUCCACUAGGUGGCAACCCAUAGGAGCCAAUUUUAUGUUACGAACAAUAUAGUACAGAAUAUAUUUUGCUCGAGUGCAUGCUGAAAGAUCCCUGGAUGAUAAUUAGUUCCAAAUUCUAAUUUCAAAUUCUCUGAGGGAGAUGGGCAUUUUAGAAAUAGGAAAUAUAAAUAAAUAUGACUAUUUCUUCAGUUUGGACCUCAUGAGGGCUAAUUUCUAAUAAUCUAAAAUUUAAUAUUUAAUUUGAUCAUAAUGCUGUCGGGACACCCUCUGUAAUUUAAUAUGUGUUUUAUCCUAUGUACUGUAUUUUGUAUUUUCUCUAUCCUUGCUUCUGAAAAAUUGUGCAUUCCCUUAAUUCUAAAUCAGUCCAUGAAGGACAUCCAUUGAGGAAUAUGAGCAUUGGAGGGUACAACUCUAACUCUAAUUAAUGCAUUAUAGGUAGUCUUAAACUUAAAGUCAUUUGUUUCAUUGUCAAAGUUACAAUGGCACUGAAAAAUGUGAUAUACAACUUGAUCUUGACACUUAACGACUGCCAUAGCAUUCCCACCAUUCUGCUGGUCAGAAUCCGGGUGCAUGGUAACUGGCAUACAUUUACCAUAGUGGCAGCAUCUUGGGUUCACACGAUCACCAUUUGUGACCUUCCGAGCGGGAUUCACUUAAUAACUGCAAUGAUUCACUUAAUCAUGGCAAAAAAAAAAAAAGGGUAGCAAAUUGGACAUGACUCACUUAACAACUGCCUUGCUUAGCAGUGGAAAUUCUAGUCUCACUUGUUGUCAUAAGUUGAGGGCUACUAACUCUUGUAGUUCCAUGAUACGUUUCUGCCUCCCUUAACCUGGAAAGCUAGAGACCUGUUUGUUUUUAAUUUGCUUUUCUUCUGGAAUUCACUUUAGAUUGCAUAUAUUAUAGGCAUCCUUAGAAAGUCUGCUACCACUAUGCCAGUGAUGGCGAACCUUUUAGACUCCGAGUGCCCAAACUCCGUGUGCAUGCCCAAACUGAAAGGUGUGUGUGGAUGUGAUCUUGCACAUGCGCUGACAUGCACAUGCGCAGACAUGCACGGCCAUGCGCAGCCGAGACCCUGAAGACCAGCUGACUGGCGGGAGGCGGGACAUCCCACCACCGGCAGCCUGGCAAGAGAUAAGAUGUUUUUCUUUCGUGAGCUUCUGUUUCGUCAUUUGCAGGGAAACAAGCUCAGGAAAGAAAAGCCAUGGAGAUCUGACCUGGGGCGAUGGCACGUGUGCUAGCAGAGAGGGCUCUGUGUGCCAUAGGUUCGCCAUCAUGGCACUAUGCUAUUGGGAUUAUAGGAGUUGGCCGACAUGACACUUUAUCCUGCAAAAAGUUUCAGUGUAUGUUGCUCUAAUUAAUGGAAAAGCUUGAAUUUGAUAUUAUUCAAUUCUGGAAUCAAAAUACACAAUAGAUGGCAUUUUGUAUAUGGAUCACAACCUGAGAAAGCCAUGCUUAUGGUUAGAUUGCAGGAAGAUUGUUUCAAGUCUACAGUAUUUAUGGUCAGGGACCCCCAUUUACUGACAGAAACCCAAACUAAUACAAAAGUAUAGUUAGAGAUCUGACCACAAUAGGCCAAAUCAUUCCUAAACUUUGCUGUAUAGACUUUUGUGCUGAUACGCUGUGUUUGGUUUUCGACAAACAUGGCACUGCAUUAUGGCCAAACAUCUCCACUUUGGUCUCAUCGGUCCAGACAUCUUGUGAUUUGUGCAGAUGCAACUUUGCAUGCCUAAGCUGUGCUGCCAUGUUUUUUAGUUUGUUUAGCAACACUUUCAAACAAACCAUACUUGUUCAGUCUUUUUCUAAUUGGACUGUCAUGAACUUUCAACAUUUAACAUAUUUUAGAGCAAUGUCAUACUGGUGGCCCAUGGGCCGGAUGCGUCACGUGCAGGCCACACCCACCCCAGCUGUGCAAAAAGUUGCAAUAUGUCACGUGACAUGAUUGAGUUUGACACCUGUGCUAUAGAAUCUUAGAUGUAACUUGGGAUUUUUUGCAAACUCUCUAAGCAUUGCACGGUUUGAUCUUGGGAUGUGUUUGCUGGGAUGUCCACUCUUGGGGAGAUUGGCAACUGCCUUAAAUGUUUUCCACUUACGAAUAAUUUUUCUCAUUGUCGAAUGAUGGACUUUACAUUGUUUGGAAAUGGCCUUAUAACUCUUUUCAGAUUGAUGGAGAGCAACAGUUGCUUCUCUUAAGAUCACUGCUGAUGUCUUUACUCUUUGGUAUUGUAGUAACACACACCUCAGUGCUGGAGACCGGCAGAUUCAACUUCAGCUUUUAUAGACAAAGUCAUGCUUUUGGAUGAUCAAUUGACCAAGGGCACUCGAUUAGUAGCUACUUAGCCUGUUCAUAUCUAUGGAAGCAGUAAGGAUGUACUUAGUUUUUUCACACAUGGCUUCUCCAUUUUACCUUUCUUUUUGUAAAAUAAAUGAUGACAUGGUGUAAUAUGUUAAGUGUUAUAUUUACCUACUUUUAAAGUACUGCUAAGGAGCAGGUGAUUUGUAUUACGGCCUGAAUUUUUUGAUUUUGAGUGUACAGUAUUCAGCCACAGAACUGAAGCAAGAGUCAGUUUUAAACAAGCAAUACUUUAUGAAAACCCAUGACCUAUGAUGAAGCUAACAAAGCAAAAACAAUGAAUUUCUGAAAAUGAAAUUCAAAAGGUAAAUCGAGGUGAGGUAUAAAAACAUAUAAGUAGAAAUAGUUGGGGAAAAAUAGUACUGAUCAAGAUUAAUAGAGUUUAGAUUCGAUCCAAAUAGAAUUUAUUCAUGUGAAGCUCUUUAAAAAGCUGCUGGCUCCACACACAAUAAAAAACGUGAUUCUCUCAGCCCUUGAAAUUUUAUUUGUCCUGUGUUUUAUUUUUUCAUUUAUUUGUGUCUGCAGUGGCACAGUGGUUAGAAUGCAGGCUACUUCUACUAACUGCCGACUGACUGCAAUUUGGCAGAUUGAAUCUCACCAGGCUCAAGGUUGACAGCCUUCCAUCCCUCCGAGGUGGGUAAAAUGAGGACCCAGAUUGUUGGGGGCAAUAUGCUGACUCUG